AUGUCCAAACAAUUUGUUCGAUCCGCCAAAAAUGUGGUGAAGGGGUAUUCAUCUGCGCAGGUGCUGGUGAGAAACGCUACAGCAAACGACUCAGACGGUCCUAGUGUCGAUACUUUGGAUGAUUUGGCUGAGAAAACAUACGAUAGCGUGGAGUUUUUCGAGAUUAUGGAUAUGCUCGAUAAACGGCUGAACGAUAAGGGCAAAUACUGGAGACAUGUUGCCAAGUCUUUGACCGUGUUGGACUACCUUGUACGAUUUGGUAGUGAGAACUGUGUGUUGUGGUGUCGGGAGAACUUGUAUAUCAUCAAGACUCUGCAGGAGUUUCGGCACGAGGACGAUAGCGGCGUGGACCAGGGCCAGAUCGUGAGGGUCAAGGCCAAGGAGUUGACGAAUCUGUUGAAAGACGAAGAGCGGUUGAGAGAAGAGAGGAACUUGAAUAGAAGGGGCGGAAGAGAAGAGAGAAGAACGAGAAGAACGGACCGGUCUGGGAGCGAUCCGUACGAUGAUGACCUGCAAAGAGCACUUGAGGAGAGUAAAUUGACAGUGGAGGAAGAUGAAAGGCGUAGAAGACUGUUGAACACUGAGGAUGAAGACUUGCAGGCAGCUUUGCAAUUGAGUAAAGAGGAAGAGGAAUUGAAGAGACUUCAGGAGUUGCAAAGGCUACAGCAGCAGCAGGAAACACAACAGCAAUCGCUCUAUUACGACAUCUUUGGAAAUCCGAUCUCUCCUGAGGAAUACUUGCAGUACCAGCAGCAGCAGGAGCUGUUAGCACAGCAGCAGCGGGAGCAGGAGUUGCUCGCUCAGCAGGAGCAGCAAAGACUGGCCGAACAGCAGAUGUACUGGCAAAUGCAGCAGGAUGCUCUAGCACAGCAGCAGGCUCUCGCGCAGCAGCAGGCUCUCGCGCAGCAGCAAGCGGCUCUCCAGCAGCAACAACAAGCUGCGUACUAUCAGCAACCUAUGGCUACCGGAUCAAACAAUCCUUUUGCGCUGAACAAUAUGCAGCUGCAACAGAAUGUCCCUGCAAAAGCAAGUCCUCUGCCAGAUCUAACCGGCUUCGCACCCAUGCAAGCACAGUCUCCUAAGCCACAGACACAACAGCAACCAGAGCAGCACGCCCCACCACCACAACAGCAGGCUCCUAUAAAACCUGUCAGAACGGGAGACCUUGCUAUUUCCGAGAAAUUCGGUGAGUUGAACAAGCUAUUGGCUACAGGAACUGGCAUCGAUACAUUUGGGAACACAGGGGAUGCUCGUAUUCCGGCUCAGCAUACAAAGACUGGCACUUUCAUCAAUUCACAAGGAACUGGAUACAAACAAGUAACGAAUGAACCCAAAAAAAAUCCAUUCCUGAGUGGCCAGUACACCGGUCUUCCAAGUUCAAACGUUGUUCCCUCUUACACGGGCUACGGAUUUGGCAAUCAACCUCCUCCGCAACAGACACAGCAAAGUCAAUCGGCUGACCAGGGCAUAAGUUUGAUUGAUUUGUAA